AUGGAGUCAAGAAUAGUCAAGGAAUUUGACACAAUCGAUGCCACGCUCAUGAGCAACAUGACUAUUGAGAUCUUCUCAGACUACAUUGCGCGAGAACGUCUCAGCUCAAUGCCUCACAGGGGUAGUCUCUGGGAUCGAGUGCUACGAUGGGCCGAGUUUUACGCUCUUCAGAUUGAUGCUUACGCUAAGAAGAUCGGAUCAUUCGUCCCCGAAAGCCAUUACGCAGCAAGACAGAUCUACACCUUGCUUCGCUCGCUGCUUGAGCUCGGAGAAGUCAACGCUGGCGCUCUCAACACGACCUUCGGCAUAUUUUACAAACUUGGCCUCUCGUUGUCGUUCUUGUCUUCUCACGAGGCACAGCUCAGUCUGAGCACCGAUAUCCGAGAGGAUGUCAGCAGAGCCUUCCGCGACAUUCACCUAUUGGUGUUCGAUGUUGCGUCUUACUACCAAGGAUCUGUUCGCGGUCUCUCGCGCGGCUCUGUCACUAUCGACUUCACUUUCCUCUUCCGAGAGCACCUCAAUAACUUCAACAACCGCAAGAACCGUAUUAUGAACCACAUCUGGAGCCACGCUCUAGGAGGCGAUGCUUCCAGGGACGUACAUGAGAUCCGUAAAUGGCUGGAUCAAAGAGCCUUUCUCUUGCGAAGCAUCUCUGCUGAAUCUCUGACUUACGCAUCCCAAUACGACGAGUACACUUGCGAGUGGUUCCAGAGACACUUGCUUGAGUUCACUCGCAGUGAUCAAGAUAUCCUCGCCAUCACCGGUCCACCCGGAAGUGGUAAAUCAGUGCUCUCUAGCUGGAUCCAGGAGAGGUUGCAGCGCCCCCUAGAUCGUAAAACUCACAGCACCGUGAUGUUCUCAUUUGACUCCGACAUCCCAAGCGAAACCACUUCGCUUGCACUGGCCAAGAGCCUGACGCUACAGCUCAUGGACAUUCGUCUUGGUAACGUUCGUAUGUUCCAAGCUGUUGUCGAGGCCUACAAUAGCAACAGCUCUGUUGAUAUGGAGAACCACCUUUGGGCUGCUAUCGAUGCUGCCUUCUCCGACUUCGCCGAACCUACCAUGAUCAUCAUCGAUGGCCUGGAUCAACUCCGCGACAACAAGAAGCAGGUCUGUGAACGUAUGGCGAGACUCUCGAGCGCUCACCAUACCCUCAGAUCUGUCAUUCUCUCCAGACCCAAUACUCUUCCCGAGAGUGACAAGACAUGGAGAACGUUCGAGAUCAAGCCCGAUCACGUUUAUGAAGACGUCCAACACGUCGCAAAGACUCAGCUCCAGAGCUGCACAGCUCUCCAUAAGAAGAAAGAGACUGAGAGACACGCAAUCCUUGAACGCCUAGUCAAGACUGCCAAUGGCUCUUUCCUCUGGCUUAAGCUGGCAAUUGACGUUCUCAAUCUAUCCAAGCUGCCCGAGGAUCUAGACAAGAACUUGGAAAAGCUUCCAAAGACGCUUGACGAAAUCAUCAAGCAGCGCGCUGGUUUCGUCGAUUUCACGGACAGUGACGUGAAGCUCUUGAUCUCAUACAUGAUGGUGACCGAGAGACCCUUGUCUAUCAACGAGCUUUAUGACGUUCUACAGGUCGACCUCCAGAAGAAAAUCAACACGCACCGCGACAUUGAUCUCAAGAGCAAGUUCGAAAAGACAUAUGGAUUGCUGCGUCCCAACAACAACGGUCUUGUGAAGUUCUUGCAUCCUGCGAUCAGAGAACACUUCAUCGCUGUUCAGAUCAAGGGGGAGAAGCUCUUGCCCCACAAGGAGGCCCACACCGAUCUCACCCUUAGACUGCUCACUUACAGCAAGGCUUGUCUGACCAAGCCUCAUGAUAUCUCUCUUGAGCCUCUUCCUCAUGGUGAAGUCGAACGUCUGUUCAUCGAACACGAUCUCUUGGAAUACGCUGUUCGUAACUGGACCACCCACUUCCGUCAGUCCACUUUGUUCAAGCCAUCAGGAGCCUUUGGCUUCUCGUCCGAGAUCAAGGCUGCCUUCCCAACCUCCCCUUCUAUGCCGUUGCUGGAGUGGACUUGUUGGGAUGCCCAGUUCCCUACAAACGAACUUCUGCCCGUCCAUGAUCUCUCCCAACGUAUUCGCUCUGAGGUCUUCCAGGAGAAACACGUCGUUACGUUGCAGAGUCUUGUUGCUUGCGCUUACGUGUACCACAUGUACUCGUCUCCUACUUCAGCAGCACCAUACUUUGUUCGUGCUUCGCGUGUCAGUCAGCAUGUCUUGCCUAAGUGGAACAGGAUCACGGUGACUUUGACUGAGACCUUCCUGACCAUCACAGACUCGAUGAAGUUUACAAGCCGUACUGAGCUUAUGACCUUCAGAGAGGAGAUGCUCAAGUUCAUCGUCACAGCCUACAAGCAUACCCAUGGUGAUACCAGUGAUGUGGUCAUACGCUUCACCAAGACACUGGCCGAACUAUACACUGCCAUCCACGAAGAGGAACAUGCCACACAGUGCUGGAAGGAACUCCAUACAGUCAUCACCAACAAGCACGGUGAAGGCUCUGAUUUCGAGAGAGAAAUCAGCGGCAAAUUGAUGGUCGUUCUCAAGGGCGAUGAAGACUUUGAAGUCGGAAGAUACCGUCGCGAUAUCUUCGCUGUUGGCGAUGAAAGUACCGUUGUUUGGGAUACCGCCCGAAUCCAGAUGUUCUUGAAGCUGGCACAGGCCUGUGAGCACCGCAAGGAGCUGCACGAAGCCGAGGAGCUCUACGUUACACUAUGGACUCGCCUUCUUGAGCUUUGCAGACAUGAAAGCUCUCACUCAGUCGAGGUCCGCAUCAGCAUGCUCCAGAUCGCUGUCGAGUACGUCCAUUUCCUCCGCAGACAACAACGUACGGAAGAGGCGAAGAAUGUCCUUAUCGUCAUCUGGACCGAACACAAGCAUUAUGGAUGCGAGUCUGAAGCCUUCUAUCAGGAAUUGACCGCCAUCGCUAAGCUUAUGAGGACUCUUGAGCUUCACAGUCUAUCUAUCUCUGUCCUUGAGCGCGUCUCGAACUUUUAUAAGGCGGUAGGCAAGCACGAGAGCAGCUACGCGCGCGAGUGCGAAGCAACUAUGAUCGAAGUCUUCCAGGAGAGUACAGAGAAACACUCUUCUUCAACCUCCCGGAGCGAGACUAGCGAUGAGAUGGAGACGGUCGUCCGCAGGAUGUUCAGCUCAUCGACCACUUUGUCCACUGAGACGAUCAAGAUCGCUAGAUCAGCGGUUCACAUGCAUAUGAGACAGGAGCGUUGGUCUGAGGCAAUCAGUUUGCUGACCCGAACUCUGGACCUCAUGAAGUUUACGGGUUCUUGGGGAGGCGAGGUUUGCUUGCCUAACGACUACGCCGACGAGUCCAUCGAAUUUGCCCUCGACCUUGGAAAAUGCUAUAUGAGAAGCAAGCGCCAUCAGGAGAGCUUGGCAGUCUACCUGCAGCUCUGGCAAGCGGUCCGCAGCUCUUGCGGCAUCGAUGACAAGCGCAGAACGGUCAUUCUUGACGUCUUGGUGCAGAACUACACCGAGCACAAGAGAUGGAGAGCUCUGGUCGAGCUCCAGAAAGACCUGUUGCUUGAAUACCGUAGACACCUUGGCAAGUCGCAUGAACGCAUCAUUGGUCUCCUGUAUUACCUUGGUGAUUUGACCCUCGAGCAUGGUCAUGGAUACCCCGAAGACUACUAUCGCGAGAUUGUUGACAUUAUUGGGACAUCCAACACGAAGCUGUCUUUCAGGGCCUACAAGAGAUUAAGCCAAAUCUACUACGAUGAGAGCAAUUGGGUCGAACUUAGAAUUGUUUGCGACGUCCUCUGGACCCUGCUUACCACCCAGACCAAGGAGCACGACUACGACGAGAAUUACGUAGAGCUGUUGUACAUCAGAUACGCCUAUGUUCUCAAGCACCACAACAGAGGAAACGGUAAGUUGGAUCACAAGCACUUGGCCAUCGUCGCACAGCAAUACCGCGAUAUUUGCGUCACAAAGUUCGGCUCUUCGUCUGCUGUUGCUAUUCGUGCCAGAAUCGAGUAUGCUUCGGUACUUAUGGAGGACGAAUCAACCAAGGUCGAGGCAGUCAAUGCUUACGAGGAGAUCAUCACGACCACCAAGAACAGCAAGGCCACUAUUGACGAGACAACCAUGUCAAUGGUCAAGAGCCGUAUGACAGAAGCCUACGUGCACGUCCACCGUAAGGGCAUAUCCUCUGCUGCAACAACCGAAAAGGCCAUUGCCGUACUUCAGGAACGUUUCCAACAACUGAAGAGUUCUCAUGGAGUCGCUCAUUCGGAGGCCUUGUCUGUCCUCAACGAGCUCAUCUCGAUGCGCUACAAGACGAAGAAGACGGACGAGGAUGAGCAAAGUAUUGUUCGCCUCUUGCAAGAGCACACACUUGAAAUCCUUACCAAGGAGAAACAGUCUCAGGUUCUAUUCGAGGCAGCAAACGCCAUCAGUGCCAUUUACAUCACUUGCGGUUAUCAUGCUCAAGGUCUCGAACUCGUGCAAGCUGCCAGACGCCAGAUCAUCUCGGGUCACUCAGAGACUAAGAGCGGCUUCAAGCUCGAUAAGUCAGUUGGCCGCAUCGCUUUCGUGUUCCUUGUCACGUUCGAGCUGGCGCUCAGAGGAUCUUCUCACAACUAUUCCGAGGUUAUGGCAGAUUGGCUGACCGAGGCUGUGCUGUACGACAACUACUCUCGUAGUCUGACCACUCAAUCAAAAACAGAGCUUCUGCUCCUGCGCAGUGCUCAUCUCAGAUCCUUCUGGGUCGUUCGCUCUCGCUACGAGGAGAUUGAGGUGUUGGACUCGCGCGUCUUCGACAUCUUCAACAAGCAGUUCGGCAACGCUCUCAAGACUAGACCUGAGAUGAUCAAGGUCUUCCUGACAGCACUCCUUGUUCACAUUGGAUCUGGAGAUGCCUACGACAUUCAUGUCGUCAAAGCUGCUUCUAUUGCGGGCAACAACAAGGUCGAAGAGUUGAUUCAGAAGGGCAAGUACCAGGAAGCCGCAGAGGUCGGCUACUGUACAUUCCAAUUUGUAAUGACCCAGGGCGGGUACCAGCAAGCUGGAAUGAUCGGCUACGGCUUCAAACUCGCCAAGUACAUGACCGCCAGAGGCAACCUUCCUGCCGAGAUGCACACAAAGAUGCUGCAAGCCAGCAGGGAAGUCAUGGCCGAGGUAUUGAACGCUUGCAAGGCUCUCAAUGUCAACUUCAUGCAGUUGCACGACCACGAGCUCAACGAUCUUGUCGAGCUUCUCGGUGAGCAGGAGAACUACAAGGAGCUUGAGAUCAUUCUUGAGUCCCUGUGGAAGUCUCGUCAUGGCCAGAAGCACUGGUGCGAAGACACCCUCAUCAACCUUGGUGUCCGUCUCGUUAUCUCGCGCCAUCUCGCCUCUAGCCAUGGCCACUCUCACGGUGCAAUCCACCUUGCUGAGGAUAUCACCUACAACUUGCGUCGCGUGCUCGGUGGCCUUCACCCUCACACCCUCAAGAUGUCGACUUUGCUUUCGCAGCUCUACACUAGUGCCAAGUUGUACAGUGACGCUCUCAACGUACAUGAAGAGAUCAUUCAACUCAUUGUUUCCGGAGAUGAUGGUGACGACCGUACCAUCGAUGUUGUUUCCGCCUCCGCCGCUCGCCAACAAGUCGAUCUCCUCAAGGCUGCAUAUCAACGCAACGGCGGUUGGGUCAAGUCCCCCGACUUCUACAGAAAGCUCAUCAACAACCUCACAAAGAUGUUCUCGAAAUCCUCCGAGUUCAAGAACAUCCAACCCGUUCAAGAAUGGCAAGCAAAGCCUGACAACAGCACUGUCAGCAUUGGUAUCUUUGAGAAGCCUCAGCAGUGGAUGUUUGUCGUCCAAGACGAUAUUUUGCCUCUGGAGGGUGGAAAACAAAUUCAAGGCACGACUGCCGAGGAUGGAUUUUCGCGUGCACCUUUGCCUAUGAAGAAGAUCAAGCAGUCCGGUUGGAGUUUGAGACGUAUCUCUGAUCUCUGGGGUAUGAAGCAGCAGCCGAGUGUUGGAAAUCUGCAUGCUGAGAUUACGUAUUGA